UCGUAUGCACUUUGUGUGCAUCAUCUUUGUGCAUCAAUAUAUAUUUUUUAUAUAAAUUCAUACACACACAUAUACACUAUGGAUUCAAUAUUUAAUACCCACGCUCACGCGCUUCUAUAGAGCUCUUGAUCAGCAACAUCUCUGUGCGGUUCAUUGCUCCCAAUUUAUUUAGUCUUUCUUAUGAUAAAUAACAGUUAAAACAAGUCAUUAAAAUACCUGAUACUUGUGCAGUUAUCUAUUUUAAAUAACUGUAUUCAAUCUAAUAGAAAUUUUUAAUUUAGUUUUCUAUAAAACCACGAAUAGUAAAACAUUUAAAAUGGAAAAUUUUGCUAGUGAACUUUCAACUGGAGUAUUGGAUGAAUUUCGUGAUGAUUUUUAUAACAAUGAACGCAAUGUUCAAGCACAAAAUGUUUGUGUCCGAAGUGAUCCACUUGAGAGUUGUUUAUCAAGAAAAGUUUUGGAGCACACAAAUCAUAUUUUUCAGCAUAAAGUUGCUGAAAUAAAACCAAUGACAAAUCAAAAAAGUUCUGGUAGAUGUUGGUUGUUUGCAGCAUUGAAUGUUAUACGUAUACCAUUUGCAAAACAUCAUAACAUUGAAGAAUUUGAAUUUAGCCAAUCAUAUCUUUUCUUUUGGGACAAGAUUGAACGAAGCAAUUACUUUUUGAAUAACAUUGUCAAGACUGCUCAACGUGGUGAUAAAGUUGAAGAUCGUCUCUUAGGAUUUUUACUCAAUGAUCCAAUCCCUGAUGGUGGACAAUGGGACAUGAUUGUUAAUUUAAUUAAUCGCUAUGGUGUUGUACCAAAGAGCUCAUUCCCUGAAACAUGGACAACUGAAUCAACAACAAGAAUGAAUUCACUUUUAUCCAGUAAACUUCGUGAAUUUGCAAAAGAACUAAGAACAAUGAUUGCAACUAUAAAUGGAUUAUCAAAUGAAACAAUUCAAAAAAAAAUUGCUGAACAAAUGAAUGUUAUAUUUCGUAUUGUUGGUAUAUGUCUUGGUAUACCAUCUAGAAAAUUUAUAUGGGAAUAUUAUGAUAAAUCAAAAGUAUAUCAUUCAGUUGGUCCAGUAUCUGGUCUUGAAUUUUAUACAAAAUAUGUCAAGCCAUAUUAUAAUUUUGAUGAUAAAGUAUGUUUAGUUACUGAUCCAAGAAGAACAAAUCCAUUUGGUCAUGUUUAUGAAGUUGAAUUUUUGGGAAAUGUUGUUGGUGGAAGGAGAACACUUUAUAAUAAUCAACAAGCCGAAUUAUUGUUGAAUGUAACUGGGGAAAGUAUCAAAGCUGGUGAAGCUGUCUGGUUUGGUUGCGAGGUAUCUAAAAGAAGCGCAACUAAAUAUGGAAUUCAUGAUAUCAGCUCAGUUGAUCUUCAAGCAUUUUUUGGGACUGAUAUACAGAUGGGAUUGGCCAAAGAAGAUAGACUUAUUUAUGGUGAUUCAGCAAUGACACAUGCCAUGGUCUUUACUGGAGUUUCUUACAAUAGUGAAGGAAAAGUUGAAAAAUUAAGAGUUGAAAACUCUUGGGGUGAGGAUAGAGGAGAUAAAGGAUAUCACGUAUUGACAGCAUACUGGUUUAAGGAAUUUGGAUUUGAAGUUGUUGUUGACAAAAAAUUUGUACCAGCUGAAGUCAUGGCUGUAUUUCAACAAGAGCCAGUGCUAUUACCAGCUUGGGAUCCCAUGGGCUGUCUUGCUUAUUAAUAUUUUUUUUUUCCUCAUAUAUCACACAUAAAAUAAAAUUGAAGACUUUUUUUUUUAUUUUCAUUUCGAUUUGAUACCUUUUUAAAUUGUUGUAUGUGCAAUUCAAUUUUUAAUUUUGUAGCAUCAAAUGUAAUCAUUUUUAAAAAUUUAUUCACAUGUUGAAAACAACAUUUAAAAAAAAAAUAAAAAAAUCAUGAAUUUUUACUAUUAAAUAAAUACUAAAGUAAAUAAAUA